AUGCCCAUUUUACAGAGAUUAAAACUGAGGCACAAAGAGUUUUGGAAGCUGGACGCCUUCAUCUACGACGCGGCGGUGCUCAACUAUAUGGCCCGCAAGGACGAGGGCUGCAAGCUCGUCACCAUCGGCUCGGGCAAGGUCUUCGCCACAACGGGCUAUGGCAUCGCCCUGCACAAGGGCUCCCGCUGGAAGCGGCCCAUCGACCUGGCGCUGCUGCAAUUCCUGGGGGACGAUGAGAUCGAGAUGCUGGAGCGGUUGUGGCUCUCCGGGAUCUGUCACAACGACAAAAUCGAGGUGAUGAGCAGUAAGCUGGACAUCGAUAACAUGGCCGGGGUCUUCUACAUGCUCCUGGUGGCCAUGGGCCUCUCCUUGCUGGUCUUCGCCUGGGAGCACCUGGUGUACUGGAGACUGAGGCACUGCCUGGGGCCCAGCCACCGCAUGGACUUCCUGCUGGCUUUCUCCAGGGGCAUGUACAGCUGCUGCAGCGCCGAGGCCGCCCCGCCGCCGGCCAAGCCCCCACCGCCACCGCAGCCUCUGCCCAGCCCCGCGUACCCCGCCGCGCGCCCUCCACCCGGCCCCGCGCCUUUCGUGCCCCGCGAGCGAGCCGCGGUGGACCGCUGGCGCCGGGCCAAGGGCGCGGGGCCGCCGGGGACCGCGGGGCUGGCGGACGGCUUCCACCGCUACUACGGCCCCAUCGAACCGCAGGGCCUAGGCUUGGGCGAGGCGCGCGCAGCGACCCGGGGCGCACCCGGACGCCCACUGUCCCCUCCAGCCGCGCAGCCCCCGCAGAAGCCGCCGCCUUCCUACUUCGCCAUCGUGCGCGACAAGGAGCCGGCCGAGCCUCCCGCCGGCACCUUCCCCGGCUUCCCGUCGCCGCCCGCGCCUCCUGCCACCGCGGCCACCGCCGUCGGGCCACCGCUGUGUCGCCUGGCCUACGAGGACGAGAGCCCGCCGGCGCCCGCGCGGUGGCCGCGCUCCGAUCCCGAGAGCCAGCCGCUGCUGGGGCCCGGCGCGGGGGGUGCGGGGGUCGCCGGGGGCUCGGGAGGGGGAGCCGCGGCCGCCCCGCCCCCGUGCCGCGCCGCACCGCCCCCCUGUCCCUACCUGGACCUCGAGCCGUCGCCGUCGGACUCAGAGGACUCAGAGAGCCUGGGCGGCGCGUCACUGGGCGGCCUGGAGCCCUGGUGGUUCGCCGAUUUCCCGUACCCAUACGCCGAGCGCCUCGGGCCGCCGCCGGGCCGCUAUUGGUCGGUCGACAAGCUCGGAGGCUGGCGCGCCGGCAGCUGGGACUACCUGCCCCCGCGCAGCGGUCCCGCCGCCUGGCACUGUCGCCACUGCGCCAGCCUGGAGCUGCUGCCACCGCCGCGCCAUCUCAGCUGCUCGCACGACGGCCUGGACGGCGGCUGGUGGGCGCCCCCGCCCCCGCCCUGGGCCGCGGGACCUCCGCCCCGGCGUCGGGCCCGCUGCGGAUGUCCUCGGCCACACUCUCACCGCCCGCGGGCCUCGCACCGCGCUCCCGCCGCGCCGCAUCAUCACCGGCAUCGGCGCCCCGUGGGGGGCUGGGAUCUCCCGCCGCCCGCGCCCACCUCGCGCUCGCUGGAGGACCUCAGCUCGUGUCCCCGCGCCGCCCCUGCGCGCAGGCUCACCGGGCCCUCUCGCCACGCGCGCCGGUGCCCGCACGCCGCGCACUGGGGACCUCCGCUGCCCGCGAUGCCACCCCACCGGAGACACCGGGGCGGGGACCUGGGCACUCGCAGGGGCUCAGCGCACUUCUCCAGCCUCGAGUCCGAAGUAUGACGCGGCCCAGGGGGCCCCACCGCCCCCUCGGUCAGCGCAGGCCACGGCCCGAGGGGGCGCGCACAACGGAUAGGACCCGCGUGGGUUGGGAAGGAGAAACAUGGAACUGGGUGGACCCCGCCUGGAGCAGCGUCCUGCGCCCCCUCGCGUUGGGGGAACCACGAGCCAGAGGGGAUUUGGUUGCCCAAAUCCUACCCAGCCUGAGAGCGACAGGGGGGGUCUUGGAGCCCAGCCGACUUUUUUUUAAAAACCCGAUAAGGGCUUUUUAACUUCACCAGAUGGGGCGGGAGGUUGGGGGGGGUCACGCCAUGCCCGAGCCCCGCCCCCACGCCCGGGGCCGUGGCCCCCACAUCACUGUGCAGCUCCCCGGCCCCGGCCACGCCUCCGGGGAAGCCCGUUUUUAACCUUUCAUCCAUCGGGACUCAAAACUGUGAUACGCGUUCGCCAAACUGUGACCCCAGACUUGGCCCCGCCACACAGAAACCCCUGACCCCAGACUGUGACUUCCGACACCUAAAAUGGUCAUCCGACCCCAGACUGUGACCCGAACCCCAGACUGUGACCCUAAUGUCAAACCGUGACACUUCCCCCUCUCUUUUUUUUCCCUCAAUGGCUUUUCCCUCCUCUGACCUAGGACCCGUCCCAACGGAAGCCCUGUCUUCCUCUGCCCCACGAUGAUCUCAACCUUUCUUAAGCCGAAAGUCCCACCACCACUCCCACCUCCCCACCAUCCCAGGUGCCAUCAACCAUAUCUUCUCCAAGCUCAGCCCUUAUUAGUGACCUUUCGGUGAUGACCCGGCAGACAUCCCCCCCCAAAAAAAAGCUUCCUCUUCCCAGAUCUCCAGCCGGGUCUGGAGCUGGGUUGUGGAGGGGAGGGUCUGAGAGCCCACACUUCACCACCGACUUCUCGUCCCACUCCACGGUCCUACAUUGCAGUGUUUGGAAUAAACCAUGUUUUUAUGCCUCCUCA